AUGUUCAACGAGAUAGAAGGUGAUUUUAAGGACAUGGCCAUCAGUACUUUCAAGCUCGGCUUGUCUGCAGAGCACGGCUUAAGGAAGUCUUUGACGAGGAAACCUGUCACCAGUAUAUGUCAACUCAUGGAUCAGAUUGAAAAGUAUAAAAGGGUUGAGGAAGAUCAGCAGCAAGAUAAGGGGAAGGGCAAGGUUAUCCCUCAGGAGAGGGGGGAUUUCAGGUCAAAACGUUACAAUAAUAACAAACCCUGGCGAGAUUUUGCCGGAAAAUCUGGACUUGCAGCCUUACAAGUAGUAAACACUGUGUUCCGAGAACCAGUGCAUCAAGUUUUAGAGAAAAUCAAGAACGGGCCAUAUUUUAAAUGGCCGAACAAGAUGAGUGGAGAUCCUUCAAGGUGCAACCAAAGCCUCCAUUGUCAGUAUCAUCAGGAUCGAGGACAUACCACUAAGAAUUGUCGAACAUUAUGGAACCAUCUGAAACAACUGGUUAAGGAGGGGAAGCUGCAACAAUUUCUGUACCAACUUAAUAGACAGGGAGACCAGUCAGGGUCAUGGGGUUAG